ACUGAUCAUGAAAAUGAAUAUAUUACGGCGCUCUACGCAAUCAUGCCCUCGCUGGGGUACCCGAUAUUUAUCAACGAAAACAACGGACGGCCCACUAGCUGGCAUCACCGUUGUCAGCCUGGAACAAGCAAUCUCAGCGCCGUUCUGCACCCGUCAACUCGCAGACCUCGGGGCACGAGUUAUCAAAGUUGAACGUCCUGGAGUAGGCGAUUUUGCACGCCACUACGACACCCGCGUCAAUGGCCUCGCCUCGCAUUUCGUCUGGACAAACCGAUCAAAGGAAAGCUUGGCCCUGGACGUCAAGAACCCGCGCGACCAUCGCGUAUUGAUGCGCCUACUGGGCCGCGCCGAUGUCCUAGUCCAGAACCUAGCUCCCGGCGCAAGCGGCCGUCUAGGCUUGUCUUACGAGGCCCUGAAAAUCAACCACCCAUCAUUGAUCGUGUGCAACAUCUCCGGCUACGGCCCUGAUGGUCCCUACCGCGACAAGAAAGCCUACGAUCUCCUGAUCCAAAGCGAAGCGGGGAUGCUCUCCGUCACAGGCACAGGGUCCAAACAACCUACAAAAGUGGGCAUCUCGAUCGCAGAUAUCGCAGCAGGUAGCUACGCCUACUCGAAUAUCCUGGCUGCGCUGUUCCAUCGUGAACGCGAUUCCGAGAAGCGUGGCUGUAACCUCGACAUCUCAAUGUUGGAGAGUAUGGUGGAGUGGAUGGGGUUCCCGCUGUACUAUACGUAUGAGGGUGCACCGGGCCCGACUCCUGCGGGUGCUGCGCAUGCUGCUAUCUACCCGUAUGGACCGUUUGACACGGGAGAUGGGAAGAUUGUUAUGCUGGGAAUUCAGAAUGAGCGCGAGUGGGCGAGUUUCUGCGAUAAGGUUCUGGGACAGCCUGAACUCGCAAAAGAUGAGCGUUUCGCUAGUAACUCUCUACGGGUGCAGAAUCGUGAUGAGCUGAAGGCCAUUAUCUGCGAGGUGUUUGCAUCGCAGACGGCAAAAGACGUCCUUGUCUUGCUAGACGAAGCGGCUAUCGCCAACGCGAGCGUUAAUGAUAUGCAAGGAGUCUGGAAUCACCCGCAGCUACAAGCGAGACAGCGCUGGACGGAGGUGAAGACCCCAGCGGGUGUUGUUCCUACUUUGUUGCCACCGGGAAUGAGAGCGGAUGCGGAUGGAUUGAAUGCGCGGAUCGGAGCAGUGCCGGAUGUUGGAGAACAUAAUGAGGCCAUUCUAGCUGAAUUGGGGAUUGAUGAGACUGACUAGUGCACAUAGAGCCCCAUAUGUAGUGCGGUUACUCCAAUGUAAGAAGCCGACAGCAUAAAACCGAAGAACCCGUCAACCAAUAAUAUCCCACAACGAAC